AUGAUCUUCGUAUCGAUCCCAGUCGCAUACGUCCUGGCUCCAUCUUCCAAGACAACGGUUGCAUCGUUCCUGUCGCUCUUCCUGAUGGCUGGCAUCGGCAGCGAUACGGUUUUCGUUUGCGUGGACUUCUGGGACCAGAGCAAGGAUUGUAAGCAUGUCAAGCACAGGGUCGUGUUCCUCCUCACGCACGCGGGCAAGAGCUGCUUGGCCACUUCCUUGACCACGUCCGUCAGUUUCUUCGCCAACCUCGCCAGCGUCUUGCAGCCCCUGCGUGAGUUCGGGCUGUUCAUGGGCGUCUGCGUUAUGUCGGCGUUCGCGCUGGUGAUGCUCUUCUUGCCGCCCCUCCUCGUUAUCCGGGAGUGCGUGCUCGCGCCAGCGCCAAACACCAAGAUACACAGCCUCGCUGCCCUGAAGGACCAGCAGGGAGAAUCAGGUGCGAGCACAGGCUCCUGCAGCGGGUGCAGGCGGAAAAAGGCAGACAAGGACCGCAAGCCAGUAUUGGAGAUGCUGUUCUUCAAGCAUGUGGGUUGGAUCGCGAACUGCUCGCUGUCAGUAAUGGCUAUCAGCUUGUGUUUGGCAAUCAUGUUCGCUGUCGGCGUUAUCAUCAGCGCAGAACUGCAGGAGUCCGUGCCGGCGCUCUUUCCGGACGACCACAACCAGGUCGAGGGGAAGCGAAUCAUCGAGGCCUUCGAGACGGUGGGCGAGGUAGAGCAGGAGUGGUCCGGAGUCUGUCCUACGCAGAGGGUGAUUAAGUACGUCGGUGAGUUCGACGAUACCAUCUCGAGUGCAUGCACGAUGUACUGGUGCGACGCCACGGAGGACGCGACGCAGGACGGAGAGGGCGUGUGCUACCUCAGCCCGACGUAUUGGAACGGGGCCGCCCAGGUCUACCUGCCCCCAGACGGCGACAGCAAUCUCAAUUGCGACAGUCUGGACGUGACGAGCCGCUUCCAACUGCGGCACGGCUGGCAGGCUAGCGCGGAAGUUGUCCGCGAAGCAUUUCAGGCUGCCGCGGCACGGACCGCCAGCAAUGUGGUUUUGCCGCAGGAUCAAAGCCUCAACAUCGGCACUGCAGUGCCCGUGGUGCUCGAGGACUGGGCGAGCGGCGCCGUGUCCACCGAGGACCUGUACGAGGCCACCGCGGAGUUCGGGGGCAGCGCAUCCACCGGCUCGGGCUGCCAGGUCAACAUGGUGUGCUUCGUCGGGGGGCGCACGUGCAAGCCUUCGCAGCUGGAGCAGCAGGGCUGGCAGCUCCUUGGUCAGUUCCACAACUUCUCCGAGGACGGCCGGCGCCUCGCGGCCACGGAGUUCCCAGCCGCCGAGUUGCUGCAGGAGGCGCCGCCCUCCCUCGGGCCGCCGCCCGCCAUCCUGGCGGCGCCGCGGUCCCUGUCGACGAGCCUCGUGCGGAACCCGUUCGACGUCGCGGUGGUGUUCGGCAUCAGGGCUCCGCUUUCGACGCCGCUGGUCGGCGCGCCGAAGGAGACCUGGAGCUUCGACCCCGACUUCGAGCCUGGCGACCCGUGGGCGCAGCGGUCCAUGCUGAAGGUGUGCACACAGCUGCCCAACAACCUCCUGGUCAUCAGUGCACAGGACUCCGACAGUAACAAGCCCCGCUGCUGGAUCGAUUCGUUCAGGGAGUUCCAGGAAGCGAGUCACAAGCCCUUCCCGUCCAGGGACUUCGACACCGACGUCUUCGAUUGGUGGGGGUACAACAAGGAUCUUGGGGAGAAGAACACCUGGUUCCAGCUCGAGUCCGACGGCUCGAGGAGCGUCAGUAAGAUGAAAGCCUGCACGAUGCAGUUCUUCAUCAACCUGGACAGGGAUAGUGUCUCCGCCUCCAAGGCGCUCGGUCACAUGAAGCUGUGGGACGAGUUUCUGGCUGGUCUCAACGGCGCCGCGUCGCUCACCGCCAACCGAGCAUGGCACACCGCCAGCGUCUGGGUGCGGGCGGAGGCCGAGGAGGCCAUCAUCUCCUCCACGGUGGAGAUCAUCGUCAUCGCCUGCGUGUGCGCCUGGUUCGGCGUGCUGAUCUUCACCCAGGAUCCAGUGCUGGCCAUGCAGGUCACUGGGCUGGUUGUCAUAAUCAUCCUGGGGCUUGCUUUCUUCAUGAUCUGCAUGAUGGGUUGGGCGGUCGGCGCCAUCGAGGUCAUAUCGCUGGUCGUAUUCGUCGGAUACUCGGUGACCUACUCCCUGCACGUAGCGCACAACUACAGCGAGGCCCAGCAGGGCGACACGCACUUCGCAGCUAUCAUGAAGAAGCUCGUCAGGAAGAAAGGCGGCAAAUGGAGCGGUGCCGACGCCGACGCCGACGGCUCCACUUACACGCUGAACUCUGCUGGGUACCGGGAGGUGCGUACACGCAUGGCGCUGCAGCACGUUGGCGGCGCUGUGAUGAGCUCAGCCACGUCCACGGUGGGCAGCGCGAUGUUCCUGCUGUUCUGCACCCUCAACAUAUUCGUCAAGCUGGGGCUGGUCGUCAUCGCCGUGACCAUGCUGUCCAUCGUGGUCGCCGUGGUGGCGCUCCCCGCUUGCCUGCUGCGCUUCGGGCCCGGGCGAGACCCGUGGUACAACCGGAUGUCGCGGGAGGCCUGGAGUUGGGUCCGGACUGCGGCGAGGGCGCCGGCGGCACCCGACGCGGCGGACUCGGAGCCGCUCGUGGUCGAGGUGCUGGAGGUGCUGCUCUGA